UGGGGGUGGGGGGUGUCUUCAGACUGGGGUCUGGCCGAGGUUUUCCACGGGGACGAAGCUUGAACUGGCUGCUCUCCUCCAUUCUGCCCCCCCCCGCCCGUGACUCCUGACCCUGCGAAGCCUUUUCCCCUGGAGAACUGGCCUCCCUGACCUCCUUGCCUUUGUGACCUUUGAACCCAGUCCGUGCUGGCUUCUCUCCCAGAGGCUCCCAUUCUUUUCGGUUUCUCCUUCCCUCCGAGGAGCAGGUCUGUGGCUCCGCUCCCGACUUUCACCUGACGUUUCUGCUUUUUUUUUUUUUCUCUCUCUCUGUGCCCGGUUCCGUCUCUGUUUGAAAACGAAGCUUACUUACUUCUCCUGGUCUGCCCAAGAUUCCCCCGGUUUUUAAAGGAGGGCGCCGGCUAUGCCCCCUGGCUGGGGGAAGUGGGGAGGCUGAAACGCUUACCAGGGACCCUGGGGGGAGGGAGGAGGGGGGCUCCAGUGGUGGUGUGGCUGUUGGUGUGAGCCCCAACCUUUCUGCGGCCUGGAAGACCGAAAUUUCCCUUACGCUAUCCAGCCGUAUCUCGGAAUGGCUGCGACGCCCAGAUGGGUGCUCAUAGAGUGCAUGACCAGCUAGGGACUUUAGGCAAGUGGCACAGGAGCAAAAGUUGUAGCCGGCCUCUUGUGAAGCAAACUAGGUUCCAUUCAGACUGGAUAUGCAGGAUUCACUGUCUUAAGCAAUUGGUCAAAAAACUUCAUUUGCUUUAACCCGGAGAGCCCUUUUGGCUACCAUUAGCCUGGCUUAUUUCGAAGCCAUCCACAGGAAGUUUGGAGCACAGUACAAAUUGGCUCUCCCCCAUCCUUCACUCCCCUAAUAUCACCAUGUCGACGUCUUCACUGCGCCGCCAGAUGAAGAAUAUUGUACAUAAUUACUCUGAAGCCGAAAUCAAGGUUCGUGAGGCUACAUCAAAUGACCCUUGGGGCCCAUCUAGUUCUCUCAUGUCUGAAAUUGCCGAUCUCACCUACAAUGUGGUAGCCUUCUCAGAAAUCAUGAGCAUGAUCUGGAAACGUCUCAACGAUCAUGGGAAAAAUUGGCGUCAUGUCUACAAGGCAAUGACACUUAUGGAAUACCUAAUAAAGACAGGUUCAGAGCGGGUCGCACAGCAGUGUAAAGAAAACAUUUACGCCAUCCAAACAUUAAAGGAUUUUCAGUACGUUGACCGGGAUGGCAAAGAUCAAGGGGUCAACGUGCGGGAGAAGGCCAAGCAGCUGGUGGCCCUCCUUAAAGACGAUGAGCGUCUCAAAGAAGAGAGGGUCCACGCCCUCAAAACUAAGGAGAAGCUGGCCCAGACUGCAACCGCUUCUUCUGCUUCAUCAUCUUUGGCAAAUGCCCCAGUAGAAGCAGAGCAAGCAUGGCCCCAGAGCAGCGGGGAAGAAGAGCUGCAGCUGCAGCUGGCAUUGGCCAUGAGUAAAGAGGAAGCGGAGCAGGUAAGCGCCAAGCCCCCUGCAGUGGCCGACGAAGACCUACAGCUCCAGCUAGCCCUUAGCUUGAGCAAAGAGGAGCACGACAAGGAAGAGCGGAUCCGCCGUGGGGAUGACCUUCGCCUCCAGAUGGCCAUUGAAGAGAGUAAGAAGGAGACGGUGCCUACCAAGGAGGAGUCAUCCUUGAUGGACCUUGCUGAUGUCUUCACUGCUCCACCACCUGCUGAUCCGUGGGGCACUCAGCCUCCUCCUGCUGACCCUUGGGGUGGCGCCGCCAUAGUUCUACCCACAGCUCGUACGGACCCAUGGGGACCCCAUGCUCCUGGAGCAGCCCCUGCAGGAGAUCCAUGGGGAACUUCCGCAGCACCUCCUGCACCCCCCUCGGACCCCUGGGGAGCCCCGCCAGCUGCCAGCGCUGACCCCUGGAAGGCCGAAGGUGGGACUUCUGUGGGGCCUACCACAGCAACACCCACAGACCCAUGGUCAUCCGGCACGGCUCCCACAUCCCAAGGACAACCUGCUCCUGAUCCUUGGGCUCCAGCGUCCACUUUUUCAGAUCCCUGGGGGGCUUCCCCUUCUAAGCCAAGCACUAACGGCAUGUCAGCUGCCAGAGGCUUUGAGCAGUUUGAUGACGGGGACAGGGAUGAAUUCUCUGAUUUUGACAGCCUGCGCCCAGCACUGCCCAAAUCUGGAAGCAGCACAGGUGAACUGUCCCUCUUAGCAGGGGAGGUCCCUGUCUCUCAGGCUGGCAGUGGCAAGGACAGCCCCAAUGCUUUUGAUAUGGCUGCCAUGGCUGGGUCACUGCCAGAGACCUGCAAGCCAAUGCGUAAAACCCCUGAAUCUUUCCUGGGUCCCAACGCAGCCCUCGUCGAUCUGGACUCUCUGGUCAGCAAACCUUCUGCUCCAUCCAGCAGCACCAAGGCUUCGAACCCUUUCCUCCCCCCUGGUUCAGCUCCCGCCCCAUCUGCCUCGGCCACCAAUCCAUUCCAGGCAGCAGCAGCCACUCCACUGUCACUCAAUCAGCUCCGUGUCAGUCCAGUACUUCCGUUGUCCCAGCCAGCGCCACCAGCGUUUCCUGCCACAGCUCCAAUGGUCUCCGUAUCCCCCAUGGCUCCUGGGAUGCCCUUAGCCUCCGUUUCCCCCAUGGUGGCGGUGCAGCCCUUGGGGGCCGUUCCACCUCUGGGGCUCCCUGCCAUGGGGCUGCCCCCACAGAACCUGCCCCCUGCCGGCGUUGUUCCCAGCAGCACUUCGGCCUCCACCCUGGGGAGCACCAACCCCUUUUUGCUAUAACUGGGGGACCUUUGGCCCGGUGUUGACCACCCAAACAUCCCCUUUUGCCCUUUGUUCCCCAUUGGCAGUGGGGCCCCUCUGACAGCAGCCACCGAGCAGGGGCAACUGGAUUGGGGUGGAAGGAAAGGGAGGGACCUAAGUCCUUGCAGGCCCUCCACCCCCAUGUUGGGAGGUCAGCAGAGUCUUUCUGCAAAUUGGUUUCCCCUUUUUCCCCAGGCCCGCUCUGCGCGGACCUGGAAGGAUCCGUUUCUACUACCAAAGUCGAGGGAGCCACAGUGGCCACACCCAGUGACUAAUUCAAUGGGGAGGAAUCUACUCACAGAAGCAGAACUGGGGGAAGGGGGGGGGCUGUUCCUUAAAAGUGAUAUUUGAACCCUUUCCCCCCCCCCCCUUUUUUUUUUUUUUGUGUUUGGGGAGUACCUAUCCAAAUUUGGGAGGUAAUGGCAGAUUUGGAAUAUUGAUUUUUGUUUUGUUUUGUUUUUUUUUGUUCAUCAAUCUCUGUCUUCUCCUGUGUUAAAGGAUAGAAGAAAGGGAAAUUGCUAACUCCCUACCUCUGUGAUGUUCCACAUGAAAUUAUUUUGGGAAAUGAAGACCCAACCUUUAAAAUUAAUGUGUUUUUUUUCCUUAGAUACUCCCCUUCCUUCCCUUCUGAAUGUUUGUUGCAUCUUCUUCUACCUCCCUCUCUCCCCACAACCUCCUAGCUGGGACCACUUUUUCUGGUUUUUUGGGAUUUUUUUCCCCCCUUGAGGAAGUAGGAGGUGGUGUGUGUGGGGGGGGGGGGUAACAGGAACAAUUGACACCUUAGAAUACAUCUCCCUCUGUUCUUAGGAUCAAGAGAGAUGCCACUAACUUAAUGCCAGAGACCAGAACUAAGUCGUUGCUCCUAGGCCCCCGACCCCUCAAACACCUUCUUUCUCCAAACGUUGGACCCCGAAAAAAAUAUCCUUUUGCAAGAAAUGCAGGAUCUUGCUAACACAUUGAGUGGGUCAACGGUGGGGAGGACCUUGAAACACUCAACACAACCUACUGUGAAGGGGAAUCUGGAAGCCGUUGAAGGCCGGGCCUUCUCAGAUGCUAUAGAAAGGCUUUAAAGGCAAAACCUCCCACGCUGGACCACGACUGGACUUGAAAGGCUUUCUUGGCCCAUGUCUUGGAAGGCCUGAAAGACAGAAGCCCCCGCUGUGGAUUUUGGAACAUCAGGAUCUAAAAUUCUCUGCCCUGGUCUGUGGGCCAUGGCCGACUCAACCAAGGAGCACAAGGAAUCUACCGGAAACAGUGGGGCUUGGUGGCCAGCAGAGUUGGAGAAGCUCUUCCUGCCUCUGGCCCAGUGGCCUUCCAGACACGGCCUGUGUGGCAGCGUCCUUCCGUGUCUUUGGGGGUUGGACACCCUGUGACCCACCAGAAAAGUGCCGUUUCUCAGAUGCACAGCCAGACCAGAGACCUGUGCUUCAACCAGCGCAACUGCGAAAGAGCCUCGAAUCUUCUUCGGACUGGUGGGGGGAGCAGAGGGAGGGACAGGAGAUGUUGGGUGGUCACUUUUAUCCCUUCUACAGCAGCAGCAGCUUUUGGGGGAAGGGAGUCAUGGCUGUGUGUGUUUGUGAGUGUGUGCGUAUGUGUAUGUGUUGCUGCUUUUCUAAAUUCCUCUUUGAUGCUGGGGAGGGGCACUCGUUAGCACCCAGGACAAUCUGUUCGGCCUUUCUUUUCUCCCCCGUCAAAUAAAUUCUUCGAAUGUGUUUCCUAUGCCCCACCCCUCCCAUCAUGCUGGGGUUGAUUUCUCCCCCCCCUCCCCCGAUAUCAGUAUAUUUGAAUCAUUGUGUCAUUUGUUGGGGGUGGGGAGUGAUUUAGCUGUGUGUGACCCUCCCCCUUGGCUGAGUCCCCCUGCCUCCAUUUCCCCCUCCCAGGUUCCUGAUCAAUUCUGGUAUGCUUCAGAAAAAAAAAUGCUAUUACUGAAAUGUAAUAAAUGGAAAUUCUUCUAUGGCA